UGUGAAACUUCAUGCAUAUGUAUACAUUUACUGUUGAUGCUUUAGCUAAUUUGGGGUAACAUUUUCCUACAGAGAUUCACAACAGAAACAAUGAUUUAAUGAUUUAUCUUCUAACAUCCUCUUUUCUUUUAAUUUUGAUUUUUUCAAAUGGACCGCCUAAAAAUUUAUCGUUGAGGUGUUUGCUCCUUUUCUUAUCAAAAGAGAGGGAAAAAAAAAAAACUGUAUUGUCGGUUAAGGAUGAUGAAGUGGUGAGGAAUUGAAACAUUCUACUGUUUCCAACCCUAUGAUUUGACCAUAACCUGAGUUCAAGAUUAUCUUACAACAGCUCUCUUUGUACCCCCAAAAGUAGUACUUUAAUUUUAAGGUCAACCAAUCCUUGCUAGUUACAUGAGCUCAACUUGGCAACUUGACAAUGUAACAAGACUAACAACCUUGUUUGGAAACAGAAUAAAUUAGUUCAUGCAGGCAAUUAGACCAUGUCUAUAUGUCAACGACUACAGAAUAUGGACGUGAUGACCACUCUAUAUUCUUAUUUAGUCACAUAUAUAGCUAGCCUCUCAUAUUAUCUGUACCUUAUUGUGUAAGAAAAGUUAGCUUUUGCUUUACAACAAAAAUGGGUGGGCAACAAAAGGCUAUGAACCUCCUGAAUUCUAGCUUUCUGAAACAGCCUUUCCACAUUCUCACAAUAACCCUUCUAAGCUUAUUGCUUCCCCUCUCUUUUCUCCUCCUAUCUAGGCUUUCUUCUGCCAAUUACUACUAUCUCUUAACCUUGAGUACUACUGAUAGUCCUCCUUCUCCUUUAGGGUCCUCUACCUAUUUUUGUGAUUUCUGCUCCUCUCUAUUCCUAUACUCAACCCCUUCUCUUCUCUACAUCCUUGUGUCCAUUGUCAGCAUUGCCGCGCUUAUCCACGGCCUAACAGGUAAAGUUACCAUUAUAGCCCAGCCUCCAUCUCCCAUUUUCCGUCCCCGUUUGUACACUGCGUGGAUUUUCCUAUGCACAUUACAAGUCUGCGUCGGUUUGGGGAUCGAGGAGAGCAUAGCUACAGGGAUCGAUGGCUCGAGUCUCAGCAGUCUUGACAAAUGUAAUUUGUUGAGCAGAGUAGUGUUUUUCUUGGGCUUGCAUGAGACCAUGCUCCAUUGGUGUAGGGUCGUGGUGAAGCCGGUGGUGGAUGACACGGUUUUUGGGGGAGCUAGGGAGGAGAGGUGGGUGGAGAGGGGGGUGAUGGCGGCGAGCUUUGGUUGGCUGUGGUGGUGGAGGUUGAGGGAUGAGAUUGAGUCUUUGGUGGUUGUGACUGUGGCUAAGAAAGACUUGUCAAUGAAUAUAGGGAUGGCUGACUUUGUUGGUUGGUGGUUGUAUUAUGUCACUGUAACUAUUGGAAUGGUUAGAGUUGUGAAGGGUUUUAUGUGGCUUGCUAUGGUUUUCUUAUGUAGAAGAAGAGGAGGAAACAAUGUUACGAACAGUUAUGGUGAUCCUGAAGACAAAGUCUGAACUAGUUGAUAUCACUCAAAACCCAAAUUCUUGAUUUGUUUUCCUCUCUGAUCAAACAAAUACCGCAUUUAAUUUGGAUCCUUGUGUAUUUGUUCCAAACUUGUACCUGUUUUUCUUGUAUACUAAACUGAAAAUGAAGAACUGUAUCUAUAUUUAAUUGUAUUAUGAAAGAUGC